AUGGCUCGACGCAGCUCGCUGGGUGUGCCUGUAUCCACGUUGAUCUUCCCCCGAUCUGCAGCAGACCGAAGUGAGGCCAAUAAACUGACCAAGGCGAUGGAGGAAAAGUAUGGCUUCCACUACGUCACCAACUCGUUCACCCAAGAUCCACUCGUAGAGCUCGACUUCCAGGCCUACUACACCGAGACCAACCUGACCCCAGCGCUCUACGCAAGCCUAAUCUGCUGGCUCAUGUGGAUCACGCUCAGUACACCUGACUGGGUGGGCUACUAUGACGACGACCCGGACGUCCGAGCAGCCUCGGAGCUGCGACUCUGGAUCUCCGCCUUCAUCUACAUCCCCGUACCCACAGUAGUAGCGUGUUGCCGGUCGCGAUACUUCAUAGGUUAUGAGCAGACUUUGCUGUGUCUGAUCGCGCACUGCUUCGCUGCUGGUAUUUUGGGCCAAGGUCUCAUCAACGCGGACGACUAUACACGAGUUUUUCUUAAAGACCUCAAGUCUCUCUUCUCACUUGCGUUCAAUGAACCGCCUGAGACGGACUGGAGACAUUCCGAGGGCUCCCACACCUCCCCGAAUAAUGACACUAUUGUUUUGAACGGAUCUACGGAAUGGUGGAUCUAUCAGGACCUCGAGUCGUCAGGCCAUGACCUUGUGCUGACAUAUAUUAACCGAGUGGCGAUUCCUAUGGCACAUCUGAACAUGAACUUAUUGCGACCACUGGUGGUAUUGUUAGUGGCGCCUCUGUUCAAGCUUGACGCUUUCCAUUAUUUACUACUGGCGUUUGUAAUUAACGUGGAGUUCUGCAUCCUCGUCUCGCUUCAAUACCCUGCCUCAAGCUCGACUAUCUUCGUGGUCAACAAGUUCUUGUUGAUCUUCACUCUGGUCUGUGUAUCAGCAGUCCUAGUGGUCCGUGUCCGUCAAACCGAUCGCUUCUUGCGACUCAAUUUCCUGCAUGCUAAGAUCGUCGAGGAACGAGCGCGUGCGUCUCAUUUACAGAAAGAAAUUAUUCUCAACGAGAAUAAAAGUCUCAAGAAAAUGCUGGAAGAACGCGUAGGUGGGCAUGGGGAUGGCAGCCCGCCAUUGGACUUUGACUCGCCUAUGGCCAAAGUUUUACUGGAUCUCAAGGCCUUGCAACGCGCCACUGAAUUGUCACCGGAACUUCGUGAAAAUCUGGACGGGAUCGUGACUUUACUCAUGCGAAAAGGUCAAAAUCUCUUCGCGCCGGAUAUUCAUGAACAGCUCAAAAUGAAGCGCGAUGGAGACUUGGACGGCGACAUUAAGUCGUGGGCUACUACAGUUCUUGCUAACAAGUCGUACACACGUAAUCGUCGAGCCUCCGCAGUGUUUCAGAAUAGCAUCGAGAAUCCUGCGAGUAUCAAGGAUUCAGAUAGAAGUAUGACAGCGAGCUCCAGCAACUCAAGUGUCUCCUUGAGUCCAACCAAUCGUGUUGAAACACGACUACAUCCAGAAGUUACAGCGCCGACAGAUGAAGUGUUGAAUGCUGUUGGAGAACUCAUGGAACGCGAUGGCUGGAGUGUCGAUACGUUCGAGGUGGCAAGACUGACGAACAACAAGCCGAUCUCCUUCAUCACGUACAUUGCCUUCGAGCAGCACAACCUCUUCGACCUCUGCUCCGUCAACAAAGACACACUGGCCAACUUCCUUCACUUCUUGGACAUCGGAUACCAUCGGAAUCCUUACCAUAACAAUUGCCACGCUGCAGAUGUCGUCAGCUCAGUGGAAUAUCUCAUCUCGGUCAUGGAUAAUGGAUACUUGCAGGAUUUACUCACUUACCAGGAAGUCUUCGCUGCGAUCAUCGCUGCUGCUAUCCACGAUUUCAGGCAUCCAGGCAAGAACAACAACUUUAUGAUUAAGAGCGGCAGUGACUUGGCCAUCGAGUUCAGCGACUCGUCCGUUCUGGAACGCAUGCACUUAUCCGAAGCCUUUUUCUUAGCUAAAGACCCCCUUUUUAACAUCUUCGUGGGUCUUUCACCUGGUCAGUACAGCGAAGUACGCAAGGCCAUCGUAGAGAUGGUGCUAUCAACCGACCUUACUGUUCAUCUGCAGCUUGUGGGAAGCUUGAAGACGGCGCUGAUCUCGCAGGAAGAUGCAGAGGUAGAGCACUCCCCCAUGCUACUUAUGAAGAUCGUUAUCAAGUGUGCAGAUCUCGGUCACUCCUCCAAGGCCUUGAAGCUUCACUCUCGCUGGUCUGAUCUCAUUAUUGAGGAGUUUUUCUUGCAGGGAGACGACGAACACACUCUGGGGAUGGAUAUCUCGCCUUUCAUGAACCGAAACAGCGAGAAUAGCGCUCGUAACCAAGUCGGGUUCUUCGAGUUUAUCGUGUUACCGUUCUUCGAAGUGGUGGCUGAAGCGGUAUUCCGUCCCGAAUUUAAGACCAUUCUGGAUCAGGCUCACCAGAACUAUAAGCUCUGGAAGAAGGCGGAUAAUAUGCAGAUUAACUCUAUAAAAGACAUUUUAGACCAAGUGCUGGACCCUGAAGCAGCCAAGACGGCAAAAACUCUAGUCGGGCACUAGACGCGUCCGUAGGGAUUUGUACUGUGUCGGGAAUGCUUUCGUCCGAGCCAGAACUUGGUGCGGUCUCCGUUGCUCUCCAGCAGCGCGAAGAGAAGAUAUAGACACGAUACGACGUGGCCUAGACAGAGUAGAGCCCCUACUGUCAAUGGACCGUAGCGGGCGUUGCGUAGCCAUUGUGUUGAGUCUCCAGAGGCGAAGCUCUUCUCUCUUGUGUAGAUCCAGACGCCGACAAGCGCCAAGCCCACGAAUUGAUUGAUAAUGGACGCAGUAGGAUAAAGAAUGAUGGUCUCAUCGUAGAAAAGUGUGGGUGUUAGCAGUGGAAGCAGCGCGAAGACGUCGGGGGAAGGGUCGAACAUGGCAGCCAGGUCCACGAGCAGCAGCAAAACCAAAGUCCCACAUGCCGCGAACCAUGAGUAUCGAGCGGUAUUGCCUUUUGUGGAGUUGGGAAGUUCAGGAGGGUCGAAUACAGAGCGACGAGGAGCUGAUGCGGCCUGGGCGGCGCUCAGUAGGUCGUCGUCGCUGUCGCUGUCGCUCACGGCGCGGAUGAUCAUUGCGCAAGGUUGCGAUCUUACCAAAGUGAUGCCGAAAUAAACCGGUUUUCAGCCCACUAAGUACGAUUUCGAGCGAGUGGGGAGUGAUAUACAUGUUUUAUAGUUGGUAUUUCCAUAGCAGAUGAAUUGCUGGCGGGUGCAAUACAUGUGCGAGUGCUACAUGUACUCGUCGAGUAAGUUACUGUAGUGAUAGCACUAGGCUUGUGACGAUGUGAAAUGGUCCGGUUAUUAUAUUCAAGUUGAA